AUGAAACAACUGACGGUAGUGGCUGUGAGUACGAUAACAUAUCUGAAAAAUGCGUUUCCUGAAGAUAGUUAUAUGAUCGAAACUUUUGCGGGUGUUAAGAUAAGAAUUUUGAAGACGAAAUGCCGAGAUGAUACCGCCCAAUUUUUGAGCACCGCUUUGAUACAGGCAUUUGAAGCGUUUGAUAAAAAAUAUCUUCACCAACUCGCGUUAUGUUUCUAUGAAGAUAAGUGUGAGAUAGAGAAUCUGGUAGAGUACCAUAUCUUCGAGUACUCUUACAAAAGUGACGGAGUGACCAUGAGCAUACACUCCAAAGGCCGGAACAGCUCUAAGCAGACUUUUAAAUGCACUUUCGAUGAUGUCAAGGAGAGGACUAUCCACUUGAUCAGGGCCUGCGUAGUCAUAAUGCAGUCCUGUCAACUGGAACUGCCGCCGUGUUAUGACAUCAGCCUGCGCCUCUACUAUAACGAAGACGCACCGAAGGACUACCAAGCACCAGGCUUCCAGAGCGCCAACAUCGCGGAAGACCACUUGUCCCCAACGUUACCGGAAACCAUCAAGCUGGGCUGGGUGGAGACGCCCUUCCACAAGCUGGUAGCCAGGUCCUACAUGAAGGACAACCUCAGAUCCAGUCACGAGGCUAUCGCCUCUCAAAAUCCGCCAGUGAUGACACAAAAUGAAAUGGCCGAGUUGACGGGAUCAUCCCGCAGACAAAUAACUGAUAGUAGCGAGGUCGUUCUCCGCUGUCCGUGCAACACCUAUAACAAUGCCGAAAUGUACGACUCGGAUAUGUUGACUUGCUUCUACUGCAAGACAAAACAGCACGCGGUUUGUUUCGGCGUGCCGAAAGAACGGAUCGCGAGUAUCGAGCGACAUUGCUGCACCAAUUGCUCAGAUUCCGAUCCCACGCGAGAGCCCACCGACGACAGGCUGGGGUCACUCAGACUCAAGCACAGGGAGAGCUUGUGCUUAUACCGUCUUACGCUGAGUUGGUGCUCAACGCGCACUUGCGUGAGCGCGCCGCAACUUUCUGUUCUGGGCGUGUCUAACAGUCACGCACGCAAACUCAUCGAAAUGCUGCGCUCUCACGGAGUUUUAGAUGCACUGGAGGAUGCUGACCCGGAACUCCCACAAAAGAUAAACAAGGAACGGCUGAAAGCAGUCGGCAAAUUCUUCCUAAACACCGGAGCAGAAAACAACGAGAACCGUCUUCUAGCAGCGACCUUCGCCUCGCAAGAGAGCAGGCCCGAUCCCGUUGAGAAUGUAUCUAGCUGCAUGGAGAAGAUAAAUCUUGAAAACGCGACAAACGUAGGUCGCGUGGCAGAACCAAUACAAAGCCCGCCUGCCGUAGAAGAUGCAGCCUCACAGCAAUACAAUAAAGACGCAUUUUUCAACACAAGUGGCAACGAAGAAAUGCCUUUGGAUGCUCCGAAACAGGUUGUAUCGGUGAAAGGGAAAAGAAAAUUGGAGGAAAAAGAGAAACCAACCAGGACUGCAGGAGUCAGAACUAAGCGGGCUAGGAACAUUCUUAAAUAA